AUGAUUACCCUAGUGUUUGUUUUGGGAGGUAUCCUUGUAGCAACAGAGGGCUGCGGAGUUGGCAAGCAGAUGCUAAGAUCGGGAGGAUUGACGGCAUAUGAGAAGCAAGCGAUUGUCGAUGCGCACAAUCGUCUUCGACAAUCUGUGGCUUUGGGACAAGUGUCUAGUCAACCUCCAGCAGCUAAUAUGAUGGAAAUGGUGUGGGAUGAUGAGUUAGCAGUGACAGCCCAACGUUGGGCUGACCAGUGCACCACAGCCCACGAUCGCGCCGCCCAGCGCGAUGUCGGACGUUUCCCUGUGGGGCAAAACCUUGCAGCCACUUGGACUACUCGCCCACCAUCUGAACAAGCAGACUCCGAACCUGACUUCAUGAAGCAAAUCAACGCUUGGUUCGAUGAAGUCCAUAUCUACGGUUUCAAGCCAAUCAGUGGUGGACAUGGAACAGGACAUUAUUCUCAGCUGGUAUGGGGAGAAACUUCCCAUGUUGGUUGUGGCUAUACCUUCUACUACGAUAACACCCGAGGAUACACCAAACUGUACGUUUGCAAUUACGGACCUGGUGGUAACGUCAUCGGAGCAAAUCCGUAUGAGAAAGGGCAUCCAUCUUGCAGCGCAUAUGGACUUGCCGAUUCUAGAAAAUAUUCCGGACUUUGCUCUGCAGGUUUCCGCGACACAUCAAGUUACCAACCCGUGGAUAAUGUCAAUAGCAAUGGAUUUAUAUCGAACGUCAUUCCUGACAGCACGGUGGAGUCUCCAGGGUUCAACUUCCAAUUUUACAAGCAAUUCAACAACCAGUACCAGUAUCAAUACCCACAGCCUGAUCCUUACUAUCAAGCGCAAACUUCGACCUUCAGACCUUUUAUCAGCAUAUUCAAAACUGCCUCAAAUUUGUUCACUAAACCAAAAACUGCAAGCUUUCGAAUUGGGACCGUUUACGUA